AUAUACGGCAGGUUAAAUCCUCCGACCUUCUGGCCACCAAAGCACUGAUAAGAUGGCUUCAACACCAUUCAUUUUCGUGUGGAUAUUACUCAAUAUCGACUUGACAGAAGGUUUGACUUGCUACCAAUGUGUGAAUAUUGCUGAUCCAAGUGCUUGUAAGCAGGUGGCUGCCUGCUUUCCUGGCGAACACUGCCUGUUUUUAAAUAAUGGAAACAUCACAAUGUCCUGCGCAGAUGAUUUGACAUGUGCAUCGUUACAAUCACGUCCUGUUGACGUCAUAGGAAGGAGGAACAGCAAUGGGGCACAAUCACACUGCUGCAACCAUGAUACCUGCAAUGACGGACGUUUUCUGACAACCACUACGAAGACACCGGAUGUCUGCGUAGACUUGAAUGAUGCGUUCUGUGGGGCAACUUCCGUUCACGACUCCAUAUGCUCUGAUCCCGACCUGUCUGUAAACUGGUGUCCAAAGACGUGUGGAAAAUGCCCCACCACCACUACUACCACGACCACCGCUCUCCCGUGCGUGGACAAUCAACCUGCUUUCUGCUCUGCCCCAGGAGUAGAUGUUGUCAUCUGUUCAAACCUUGACCGUGCUGUCAAAUACUGCCAAAAGACAUGCAACAAAUGUGAUGUCAAACCUAACACAUUCGUUAGCCUGUCGCAGCUUCCUUCAACUCUCUAUAAAACGACUGCACACCCCACCACCCCGAGAAUCACCACGAGAAGCACUACUACCACCACUACUUCCACCACUACUGAACCCACCACCACCACCACAACCACCACCACCACCACGUCACCGCCAUGGAUCUGUGAAGAUUACGACAUCGCACACUGCUCCGACCCGGAAGUGAAAACACUCGUCUGCGCAGACGACAAUUUGAAUUAUUUAUGUCGAAAGACGUGUAAUAUAUGUGAACAUUGAAUUGAAUAAAAUUCAUGAGACAUUCAAUAAACGUGAACUCGUAGUUGAUAAAGUAUAUUUUAUGUAAUAUUUUUGUUAGUUACAAAAUUUGCCGUGUUCUGCAUUCUCUUAACUCAAAGUUACAUGUAAGGUCGCAUGUGAGACAUCUAUCGACAUUAAUGUGGAUACAAUUAAGUACAUUAUAAUCAAAAUACAUGUACUUUCACCGGUUUAGAAUUUUCAAAUUGUACAACAUUUGGCCCAAAAAUAUGUCUUAAAAAUUUGGGAAAGAAAAGAUUUAUAAAAUUGUGAUUGCUGUUAUUGUUUAUUAUGAUAGGAAGUUUGUCACAUAUCACGUUUGACAGUGUCCCAUACCACCUGUAGACCGGAAGAAAUCGUCUAACCAUAUUUUAUAAUUACAAAAAAAAAAAAAAAUUCUGGUUUCACAUGUAAAAAUAUCAAAGUCCAGUAACAAAUCGCCACAGAAAGAUAUAUCGAAGUUAAAUUCCGGAGUUAUGUCUCUUUGAAUAUUGAUAUCAGUUUACAGUUCUUUCGAUCGUC